ACAUUCAUGCAUAGAUUUUCCUCAUUCGUUUUUUCAAAAAUGGCCGAGUAGGUAGUUUUAAACGAGUGUUCAGUUCAGUGAAGUGAAUCAAAGAGCGCCUUGAGAUUUUCCUGUUCUAGCAAGUGUGAAAAAAUACAGAAGUAGUGUUAUUAAAGUACUGAGUUAGUGAAUAUAAAGUUCUUCGCUUAGGAAGUGUUGGCCCGUUGGCUGAUUGCCGAAAAGUCGUGAAAUAUCCAGAGAAGGAAGCAAAUCCGUAACCCUUCCCACGAUAUUCACUUCUAUUUUUUUAAUCAGUCGAAAGUUCCUUCGUUCUAUUUGCUGCCAAAAUAUGCAACUUUCCGCUGAACGUAACGGAAAAUUCUUCAAUACAGCUUUUUAGAUGAAACAUUCUCGUGAUAAAUUACAGCGAAAAAAAUCUGUAGAAAAAUCUACGUCAAUAGAAAAACUGCAAAAGUCGGAUGGUCUUGUGGGACCGGAAACUGUUUCGUCCCUAUUUCCGUUACUUCCAUUGGUAGCAGGAGCUAAAAAGAUCGGAUCGUUUCAGAAACAACCAGUAAUCAGCACUGUGGCAAAUAUUUUUUGCACAUCCCUUUAGUUUGUUAGAAAAAUCAAAACGUGUGCGCAGUACGGAUUAUACCUAGUGAUCGUCGCAGCAACAUUUUUUGCGAAAAACUAACAAUUUGCUAGAAGAACUAUCAUUCAUUUGUGAAACAGUGGUCAAUAAUUUACAUAGAUAACGGAAAAUCGUGCGUGUGUAUGAGCGGCAAAUAUCAGCAAGUGACUGAACAAAUCGGAGCAAGUGAUUUACCUAACUGAUGUCUUAAGGUUUGGGAAACAUACACAAUAUCGUUCAGUAGAGAGAAAGAGGAAAAUUAACAGCUAUCCGCUCGUAAGAGCACCACACUUAUGAAUUGCAGUAACAAGAGUAGUAUGGCUACUCUGUUACAGCAGAAGAAUUUUAUGAAAAAUUUGACUAAUGGAUCCAACAACGUGGUGAUCGUAAAUGGCACCGACGAUAACCAGACGGCGACAAUGGUGGCUGCUAGUACUACGCUGGCCACCGUACCGGGAGCAGUCUCUCGAAUGCUGAUGCCACACGAAACAUUGGUACUGCCAGCAUCACACCAGCAGCCGCUGAUUCAUCAACAAACAACUAUCAGCAACGCAUUCACCACAACGCACUCACCCGCUUCCAGCAAUAACAACUCAAACAACAGCUUUAACAGUCAGUUCAUCAACCAUCUUCAAAACACCCACCAUUUGUCAACGCAGCAGCUUUUUAGUGGCAACAACAGCAGCAGUCAACGGAUUGCAACAACUACAACACCCACCACUACCUUCCAGAGUUCGUUUUCUAACACAGAUGUCAAUGCAAUCUAUCGUCCGGCGGCAACUUCCACCGGCACUACCAGCAUCGUAUCAAUGCAAUCCUUUGCUUCAUCUCAACAGCUGCCACACCAAGCGACUAGCGCUAGCUCAUUAGUUUACGUAAAUGGGAUCCAGCACGGCUCAGCGAUGGUACCAAAGUUAGAACCCAGCGGGCAAAUGCAUUCUCAAACAACACACCACUAUCUACAACAGACUGUAUCCGAGAGCCAGACUGCCAAUACGACAUCGACCACCGAUCAAAUGCGAACUAGUGCUCCGGUGCACGGUAAAUGUAGUGCUCAGGAUCGUGGUGCCGAUGCCAUUACCAGCGGAUUAGAUGAGUCUGCUGUAACUGCUGUUCCAGCUAACGAUUCUACAUCAAUAACUACCGUCGACAAUGGCGAUGAGCAGCCACAGGAACAGGAACCAGAAUCGGAAAUUGAUAUUAUCAUCAACAAUGUGGUUUGUUCGUUCAGUGUGCGUUGUCAUCUCAAUUUGCGUGAUAUUGCGCUCAAAGGUUUCAACGUGGAAUUCCGUCGAGAAAACGGAAUGGUCACUAUGAAGCUAAGACGUCCAUACACAACCGCCUCUAUAUGGUCUUCAGGAAAGAUUACUUGUACUGGUGCAACUUCAGAAGAUCAGGCAAAGGUUGCAGCUAGACGUUACUCACGUUGCCUUCAAAAACUAGGUUUUAAUGUUAGGUUUAGAAAUUUUCGCAUUGUCAACGUACUAGGAACUUGCAGCAUGCCGUGGGGCAUAAUGAUCGUAAACUUCUCGGAGAAAUAUAAGAAGGAUGCCAGCUACGAACCGGAAUUGCAUCCCGGUGUGACGUACAAGUUGCUCAACCCGAAGGCGACGCUGAAAAUUUUCUCCACUGGAAGCAUCACGGUGACGGCGGCCAGUGUUGCCUUCGUACAAGCUGCCAUCGAACAUAUCUUCCCGCUGGUCUACGAGUUCCGCAAGAAGCGUACCCAGCAGGAGAAGAUUGAUAUGAUGAAACAACCCGUAUUCGAUCCGGAACUUUUGAUCGAGGAAGAAUGUGAUAUAGAGCCGCCUUCGAAGUACCGUCGGGCAGGAGGCGACAGCGAGGAUGACGACGAUGAUGAUGACGACGAUGCGGACUUACUAGAUGACGACGAUCACGCCGCUGCGGGCGACGACAACACCAAAGCAAUAUACACACGUAAAAAUCGCCGCCGAAUGUGCAAAUCGCGAUACAGCAGUUACCGGUGCAAUGGCCGAAAACGUCCGGCCGGUAAGGCGGACAACGAUCCCUCCGAGGACGCGAUGUACAUAUCAGACGAUGGUGUCGACGAUAUGAACGAAAGUGAUGAUGAGUAGGAGAUUAGCCACAUAGCAGCGGGAUAUGCCUAAAGGGUUGGGAAUUUGUCUUAUUUUCAUCGUUUGGCUUUACUCAGUCCAUUGUAGUGCUUGUCUAUUUAUCAUCGUUUUCACAUUUUCUAUUAUUUUCAAAUAGAAAACAAAAAACUGGUUCCAUGGAGAAUUAACAUGCUACGUGUAAGAAUUAUUUUAUUGAGUAACAUAAAAGCAAGAAUAGAUAACUGAUUCUUCUGUUUAAUUAUGCUGUUACAACAAAACUCAUAGAACAUAAAGAAUACAACAAAUCCUGUGAAUAAUUACUGCAUAAGAAAAUGAAUAAUUUAUUCAGAACCGCCAGCUUUCUUUACAAGCCAAAUACUUUGUGUACAUAAAAAACCCAUUCGUACCGCAGCAAUACUACCAUAAAAAAGGGUUGUAUUAUUAAAAGUAGAUAUUUUCCAUUCAAUGGUUUUCUACGCAAAUUGCAGUGUUUAGUGAAAGCGAGAAACAUUGUCGAUCGACGCAUAAUUGUUUUGACAUUGUAUUUGUGUAAUUCUCUUAGGGCAUUAUUCUGGUUUAGUUCACAUAGUUAUAUUUUAAAACGGAAUCAUGUUACGCGUAUAUCAGUUCAAUUUGAGUAAUAAAAUAGCGUGUUGUUAAUUUAUGAGGAGUAAAUUUCGGUUUUCCUACCUUGUACCUAUAUAAAUACGCUAUUUUACGUGAUUUUGUACCGGUUCGAAAGAUAGUACAAUUGCAUCGUGUUGAAAGACGAAACUUACUAGGAAUUGCUGCCGCCGGAAGCGAAAAAUGCUGGCAAAUAUGUGAAAUUUUUUCGGUAAAAUAGAAGCUUGUUUCGACUUUGGUCGGAGUUGACGUACAUUUAGACAAAUGGUCCACAUUAACAAUACGGCGCUUACGCCCCCAUAUUUUCAAAUGGAGACUUUGGUACGGCUUCUUAUUUUUUGUUCAAUAUUUAACAGUUUUGUUCGGUUCUACGUGCACUGAAGAGAAUACUGAAGGGGUUUCAGGACCAAUUAUUUGCCAAACCUGCCAGCCGUGAGUUUUUCCUUAUGGUAAAAAACAGAACAAAACAAAAUAACUAUUAACGUUUAAGAAACUCUACUUCUACGCUCGUAAAAUAUCUUUUCACUGAUUAGACAGCGUCCUUAGUAUCAGCUAUCAUUCGAUCAAACUUUUUUUUCGUUUUGUUUUUUACGUUUAGUUUUAUUAUCAGUUUCUUACCGAGGAGACCGUGCUAUUCGAGCCACAAAUACUAAUAUUAAAAUGUUGUCUUUAGCCGAACUAUACACGCUUUUCGAUGUGACGAACUAGGCGAAUAUAAUUCAUAUUUGUUUACAUUUACAGAAUUCCAAUAGCUUCUCAGCAGCUCAGAAAAACUACCAAUGGUGUAGAUUUGUGAUGAAUUACAUUUACCUAAUUUAAAAAAACUAUUUACACGCGCUUAUACAGUAAACUUUUUACCGCCCUUUUCGUUUAGUCUAGUUAGUAACCAUUAAAAUUAUUUCCUAAAUAAUUCCUUUUUUCUCUGUGUCUGCUUCGAUUUCUUUUCAAUGAUCAAUCCCUAGCGUAGAACCAGGUCGGUAUUAUUUAUUAUGAACUGUUGAAACUGAACGAAGCCAUCAUUAGGGAACGGUAUUGAAUUCUGUUGAUGCGAUUGUGCCGCGCACUGUGCAAGAAACGGCCAAAAUACAGACAGAGGCACGAAAAAGUGAUUUCACAGCAUGACAACGAUCGUCUUCACAUUGCCAAACCCAUUAAAACCUACUUGAAAACAUUUAAAUGAGCUCCACUUGGGCACAUGGUCCGGUCUGGGUGACCACCAGCAGUUUCGGUCGUAUGAAAACAUCAAAUGAAAAAUGAUGCGAAGUUGCUGCUAACAGUGGGUAAUAUCUCAAACGAUUCAUUUGUAACCGUUCUUUUUUUCAAGUUGCAUUUUCAUAAGUAAAAACAGCGAGAAUUUAGUUGCACACCCAAUAAUGACACACCAUAUUGAAUUAAUAAUAUUGCUAAUUGCAAGGAAGAUUGUCCAAUCAAUAAGUGCGCAAUCGCUCAUAAAAGUGCUAUUUUGGCUUAAAUCGCUUCGGUCUCUUCGGCGCACCGUGCUUCCGUGCUUGGAAUGCAACGGAAAAGUGCACCGAAGAUACCAAAACAAUUUAAUCGCACUUUUAUGAGCGAUUUCACACUUUGGAUGUACAAUUUUCCUUGCAAUCAGCAAUAACUAAAAGAAAUUGUAGGGUUUGAUCAUUAAUAAGACAUCUAAGCAGCAGAUACAGAGAAAAGAGGAAUUAAUUAUGAAAAGAAUUCCGUCAGCAGCCGGUGUGAGGCUGACUUAAGAGUAAUGAACGUUUACAGUGAAUCUAGUGAUAAUUUGAAUAGAAGUGUUUUAAUUAAAUGUAAAUUAUCACAAAUCUCUACUAACUAUAUGGUAAUCAAACACGUGAAUCGAUUUACUGGCAAAUGGUAGUCAAACAAGGACAUGUCAAAGAAGAUUACGAAUUUGGUUUUCAAUUUACUUCGGUUGCUUUUUAUGUUACACCUCACCUAUCUUCAUUGUCAGGGAGAGAGAACAAAUGUAGUGGCAUGUGAUUGCCUAGAGAAACGCAUCAUCAAUCGUCUAAUAGAAUUAAACAGAAACUAAUCUAUUAAAAGAUUGACCACCCUAUAUAAUCGGAAACCAACGGAGGAAUUUGAACUAAAUAACAAGAGAACAAAAGUGCUUUUUGUAAAUUAUAUGAUAAUAUAUGAAGUAAAAUGUAAUAAGCGUAAAAUCAGACAAUUACCAUUUGAAGAAAAAAAACUGUAAAAACAACAUAACAUACAAAGAGUAGAAUGGAACUUAUAAGAACGAUAAGCAACACACUAUAAGCCUUUUCCUUCCAUUACGUAGCCUAUCUCGUAUUUAAUUUGGAUACUGUUUUUACGAUGCUGCCAACAAACAGCCACACAUGAAUGCAGUUUCGCUCCUUAAUUCUAACAACUAAUCGCCUCUAAGCGCCAUUUUCCUUCUAUCAAACUGUGCAAAAAAAAAAAACAAUACAAAAUUAAGCAAAUAACAACCAAUAAAUGUUGUUCAGCAUAACGUAAAACACGAUGAUGAAAAAUAAGUAGUGCAGUGUUGAAAAAUCAUUCAGAAUAAACUUACUAGCGAAAACAGAAAUUUGUACGAAUGUAAGUGACAAACCAAAGACUUAUAAGUAAUUUAUAAUAAAAACGCAAAUGAACCUUGUGGACACCCUACAUAUAUACAGAUACACAGAGAAGAGAUCACAAUAAUACUAAUAAUCAAUUAUUACUGAAAACGAAAAAACUACAAUUAUUGGCAAUUGUUCAAUCGAAAUCACGUCAUUAUCAAAACAUUAUGUCUAAUGAAUUAUGUCGUAUAACAGUUUUCUAGGAUAUUGAUCCAGCCCCUGUUGUAUAAGAGUAUCUGGGAUUUGUUGAAUGGAUAGCGUUUUUGUUUGGUUCAAUCUCAGGCACGUAUCUGGUUCCUCCUCCUAGCGGGCUGGACUGGCUGUAAAACUGCUAUACCUUUCAGUAACUAUAUUGCAUCUUUACGCACACAGAGAAAUCUCAAAUAAUAGUCAUCAUGUUGUGAAGGCGGACUGCUGCAGUUAGACGAUUUGCUACGAAACGGUUUUCACUGAAAGUACGAAUCCCCCGUGGCAAAGUGAUAAUUAACAUGAAUAUUUAUUUAUUAAACAACUAGUUCAACGGACACUAGCCGUCUACACUAGGAGCUUGUCGAAGAAAACGAAAUGUCUUGUCUAAAGUGCCCAUAUCACUUUCCUGCUUGACCGGCGAGAACAGAUUUGUGCUAUCAGUGAACGGUUUCAAAUGGCUCGUAUCUAUUCAUCACGAACUUACCUUUUUAUCGAAACUCCCUAAUGUUUUCUUCAUUUAGGUAAACCUCCAGCUCUACCAGAUCGGAGAACAUAUUUUAAACUUCUUGGAUGGCUUUUUUAUUUUAAAUAAAUGGCAUUGAAAGCAAAACAUGAUACCAGAAGGACGGUGAAGCCUCAUAAAAUGAUGCAGAUCAGUCGGAAAAGGGUUUUACUGUACAGCAACGUUUUUGAUGCAGUCAAUCCUCACACUCAGAAAAUUUAAACCAGUAAGUGAUUGAAGCAAAUCGGUGUCUUUUUUAUAGCAAAGGCAUAUGGAAAACAAUAAAAGGAGCAUGUAAAACCAGAAUAUAACACGAAUACAACGGAGAGAGAAAGGCAAAGAAAGCAAGUGUAACAAAUUUUGUUAUAAGUAGGUCAAACUAAUAAUUUUAUAUAUUAUAUUGUGUUUGUAGUAGGAGAACAAAAACUAUAUAAAUGCCUAAGACUAGAAGAAAAUGAAAAAUAAUAAAUCACUGAACAUGUGAAAAGAGAUAAAU